GAGAGAGAGAACACAUUUCAAGAAGCGGAGUUCUUUCGUUGGCUAUAUAUAUAUAUAUAUGCACAAGCUGGGCAUUGUUCAUUAUAGUAAGAGAGUGUUGGAGGAACAAAUAGUUUAAUUGCAAUGGAGGAUAUUAAACAGCAGUUGUGCACAAGUGUGAUGAAGGGUGAUUGGAAGAAGGCUAAGGAAAUAUAUGGUGAGCAUCGUGAGCAAGAAAUUCAAGGUGUGAAGAUCACACUUUUAGGGGACACAGCUUUACAUAUGGCUGUAAACACAAACAUAUGGGAAAAUGUGGAUGGGCUGCUUCACAAUCAGAGUAAUGAUGUCGUCUUGGUCGAUAACAAAAGGAACACUCCUCUUCAUCACGCAGCAAAGUUGGGGAACGAACGAAUGUGCUUUGAAAUUGCUCGUAAGCAGCGCCAUCUUCUUGAAGAACGCAAUGCCAAUCAUGAGACUCCUCUUUUCAUGGCAGCCCAACAUGGUCAGAUCAAAGGCUUCAUUAUUCUCUCCGUCAUCUGCUGCUCCCUCAAAGACGGCUAUAAGAAAAUAUACGAAACUGGCAGAAGGUCCCGCGACGGCAGAACUGUUCUUCACUGUGCCAUCCACGGUGAAUAUUUUGAUCUGGCAUACCAAAUAAUUGGUCGCUUCCCGGGCUUCAUACACUUGGUUGACAAUCGAGGGAAUUCCGCAAUCCAUAUUCUAGCCAGCAAGCACGCUGCGUUUACAAGUAGUAGUCGCCGGACUUGGCUACAACGAUUCAUUUAUGGCUUUAUACCAAUUGAGAAGCGAGAGGUGAUGCAUGACACAGAGGAAAAUAUGCAAAGCAUAGAAAGCUUGAUACUCGAAAAUUCCAUAACUAUAACGAGAACAAUCAGAGACCUACCAGCCCCAGGGACUGAUGUGGAGAAUCCUCCUGCAUCCAGCGAUCCGCCCAGAAAGGAAAGUCAGCGUCGUCGGCGCAAUGUUCGAGGGCUCCUCCUCAUAUGUUUGCUCAAACUUAUAGGCCUCGUUUGUUUUGGGUGAAAGAGAGAGUAUUGGGAUUGCUAAUACCAAGAUAUUAGUAAUACCUUUGUUUGUUUUGGGAGAAAGCUUUGGGACUAUUAGUCCCUUGGUAUUACUAAUACCCUUGCGUCAUGUUUGUUUGGGCGGAUUGGAUUAGCAUUCACAUGACUAAUAAUCCUAGGACUACCAAUCCGUUAGAUUAUGUAUCCUAUCUUAACUAAUAGUCAAGUUUAAAAUAAUUAAUCCAUACUUCAAUUGUUUAACCAAACAUUGGAUUAAUAAUUUUAUUGGACUAUUAGUCCAAUCCCAAGAUCAUAUACAC